CCGAGCACACAUCGAAACACAUAUCGUCAUCGCGCGGCGCCCAGUGACGCGUUGGCGGCGUGUCGCCCGCGAUCUCGCGGAACAACAAAAGACGCAAUCUUUACAGGUGUUGAAAAAUGGAAUUAUCAUCAGAAAUAUUGGAGACCUUAGUUAUGAAUAACAAGGACGUUAUGGAGGUAUUGAAAGACCAAAAUAUUACAGAAGAGAAUAUCAUAUUUGAAUCCGAAGUGACCGAAGAUUCUGAGGAAGCGGAAGAAAUAGAAGAAAUUAUAGAGAUAAUCGAGGAGGUCGAGGAGGAAGGCGAUGAGACACCUCUGGAUGAUAACGCCUCGGAUAAGGACAAGCCAGCAGAUGCAAAGGGUACUGAAACGGUUGAAAGGACAAAGAAAAAUGACAAAGCGACCAGUAAAAACAUAGAGCUCUACAGCUUCGAGGAGGAGAAUUCAAUGUUUACCUCGCAAUUAGAAAAAGAACCAGCCAAGAAUGUAAAAAGUAGCACCCAGAAAACUUCUAAGAAACAAGUUAUAAACUAUGACGUUGACGAGGAUUGGCAGGAUGAGGAGCUGGAGCGUGUGGAUGCUAUAGACAAUAAUUCCGAAUUGACGGAUAAUCGUGCGAACUCUUUACGGACACAGGCUGACAAGAAGCAUGUAAAUAAUCAAACUGUCUUAAUUCAAUCAAACAAAUUAGAUUUAAAGACCCACGGGGAUUCCACGGGGAGAGCAGACAAAUCUCGAAUGGACGGGAAUAAAGUGAAUAAUAUCGAGGACGACAACGAGUCGACUCAAGAGAUAGUGAAAAAUACGGAGAACAAUCUGUUGUACACUGUGCUUGGGACAAAGAAGCAAGAUUCUUCCGCUAAACAACAACAGCAAGAGAAACUCAAUGAUCAAUAUGUUAAAAUGGAACGACUUGAAGCGAAUACUAUACCAGUCGAGGGUACUAUUUACUAUGAAGGAGACAACAUGGAGACACUGUACGUAGCGCAAGCCAUCGACGAUAAUGAACAAUAUCAGUAUGAUAACGCGACGAUGGAGCAAGAUGAGCAAAUGUCCUGGGAAGUAACGAAUUCCGAGACUAAUCAAAAUCAGGAAGAAGAUAAUUCUCAAGAUCAAAUAUUUUUGCAUGAAGACGAAGACGGUCAGUUGUACUUCAAGGAUGCUAGUGGAACUCUGCAACCGGUAUACUUAACCGAGGAUGGAAAUUACGCGAUUGCUGAAAACAACGAUGAUAAUACCAACAAAGAAUUGCAAUCUAAAUCUCAUCAGAACAAUAGUACAAUCGAAGAGGAGACUUUUAUUUUGCCCGAUAUAGAUUCAUCCACCUAUAAGACCACUUCUAAUAAACAGGUAUCAUUUAUUAUACAAUGA